CUUUUCCCUCCUUCAUGUAACAUUCAUUUAAUUCUCUGUGCUCCCCUGUCUGUCCCUCCUCUGUUAGCCUUCCUCUAGAGCUGGGGAGUGACGUCAGCAACUUGGCCGGUGCCCCCUUGCAGCCAAGAGGAGGAGAAGGGAGAGAGAGAGAGAGAGAGAGAGAGAGAGAGAGAGCGCGCAGAAGAAGGCACAGAGAGAAGAAAAAAGAAGGGGAGGGAGUGAGUUAUGCAAAGACGGAGGUCACUAGAUAACAGUUCUCUUCUGUCCUGGAGCAAGGAGCUGCAAGCCACAUCUGAUUCAAGGAAAACAAGUGUCAGACAGAGAAAGAGGAGGGGAGUCACCUCUUAUCAUCAACCAUCAUCAACAUCUCCUGCAGAAGGAACUGAACAAGAAAGACCCACCACCUGCUCCUUCCACUUCACUGACCAACCCCUCUGUCUCCCAUCUCUGCUGCUAAGCCCAGGGUAUCCCCUCACUUUCCUAGAAUCUCCAGACAAUACUUGGAGUAUUAAAGUAUCUUUAUUGAGAGGAAACACUCUGUAGCCUUGUUCACCUUCACUUUACUCUCUGCAAACCCCCGUUCCAGCCUCCUCCUGUGCUGUCUGGCGGCUGCUGAUCCGGGGAGGGGACCAUGGCUUCUUCUGCCAGCGGUAUGGAGGAGGUGCGCUCCUCGGUUCUCACCCCACUCAAGCUGGUGGGACUGGUGUGCAUCUUCCUGGCCCUGUGUCUGGACAUCGGAGCCGUUCUGAGCCCAGCCUGGGUGACGGCGGACAACCAGUAUUACCUUUCCUUAUGGGAGUCCUGUAGGAAACCUGCUAACCACUGGCUGUGCGAGUCCACCCUGCAGAGCGGUGAGCGAUCCACUACCCAUCUCCCUGCCCUCACUGCUCUCCCCCUGUGAUUCACUGCUCAGCUCCCUGCCCUAACUGCUUACCCCCAGUGAUCCACUGCCCAGCUCCCUGCCCUCACUGCUCCAUCCAGAACCCAGGCAGCCCUUGCUUUAGGGAACUAGCAAACUACAAUCUGUCUGCUUGCUGUCUCCUGGCACCCAUCACCCUGCUGCCUCUCAUCUACACUUAA